UGCAAUUAGGGUUCUGCUAUUCGACCAGCAGCAGUGUAGCUUAGAAACCUCGCCGCCCUCCGCCGCAGCUGAAGCCAUGUCGAGGAGAAAGACCAGAGAGCCCAAGGAAGAGAAUGUUACCCUUGGACCUGCGACUAGGGAUGGAGAAUUGGUCUUUGGCGUGGCGCAUAUAUUUGCUUCAUUUAAUGAUACUUUCAUUCAUGUCACUGACUUGUCUGGAAGGGAAACAAUGGUUCGCAUUACAGGUGGCAUGAAGGUGAAGGCUGAUAGGGAUGAAUCUUCUCCGUAUGCAGCUAUGCUCGCAGCGCAAGAUGUUUCCCAAAGAUGCAAGGAGUUGGGCAUUAAUGCUCUUCACAUAAAGCUCCGAGCUACAGGGGGGAAUAAGACUAAAACCCCAGGCCCUGGUGCUCAGUCUGCACUUAGAGCACUUGCUCGUUCUGGAAUGAAGAUUGGCCGAAUAGAGGAUGUGACGCCAAUUCCUACUGACAGCACCCGAAGAAAGGGUGGCAGGAGGGGAAGGAGGCUUUAAUCUUUCCUUGCCAUUUCGAAUGCUUCCAGUUGUUGGGACACUAUUUUCUUCGAGGUUACAAGCUUUAGUAAUAUUGUUUGGGAACUUUCUCUAUGUUUUAAAUCUGAAUUGGAACUUAAUAUGAGAUUGAAUUUCAUGGACCUGUAAUAAUGCUUAAUUUUCUUUUUUGUUUUUAUUUUAGUGUUUCUGCC